AUGUUCGCAUGCAUGAAGGUCGUCGUGAUAGCGCAAUACUGGGGGGACGAGUACUACCAUUUCCUGGUGGAAGCGCUGCCGCGGAUCACUCUCAUGCUGGACGUCCUUGUGGAAAACCUCGACAUCAAGGUUGCAGUACAUGCCCCCAAGCCAGGCAGCGAGAGCCACACCACGUACAUUUACGAGCUUUUGGCGCUGCUCGGGAUAGAGAGCGAACGAGUUAUUUUCAUCCAGACGGAGAUUCAUGCAGAUCUCGCGAUUCUACCAAGUUCGACACCGUGCGGCAGGCCAGACACACAAAUGGUCAACAUGCUGAGAUCCGUCCUCUUGAAGGCGAUGUACCCCAGAACGCGAGGGAUUCCUCCUCAGGUUCCGCGUCCAGUAAUCGUGCUAGUGGUGCGCGAAUCCAGGAGGUGGCUCAAGAACAACGACCAGGUCCGUGAGGCUUUAAAGCAGUACUUCCCCGACCACGACAUUGUUGAGUUUUGGGGUAUCGGCCCCAUCAUUCGGCAGAUGCAGCUCUUCGCUACAGCUUCUGUCAUCGUGGCUCCCCAUGGGGCGGGCUUGUCCAACAUGGUAGCUUCGCCUCUUCACACGCCGGUCCUGGAAAUAGGGUCGCCCGACUGCUCAGCUUGCUACCUUCACCUGGCUCUGAAGCUACAGCACGUGUACGCGAGGCACCCGGGGACCAAGGAACGUCGGACGGCAUGCGCAAGCGCGUAUGAACCAAACGUGGAUGAAGUUGUUCGUCUCGUAAGAGGCCUUUUGGAGGCCAAACAACAGGCCGAUGCCAUGGACCCCCCAAAUCCUUUUCGGCAUUUCUAGUGGUCUCAGGAGAUUUGCAGGGAUGGCUUAAGGUUCAGUUCCGAUGCAAGAGGUGCCAUAGAGUUUGGUCGUCCGCGGGGAACGUGCGAAAUCAAAGUCGUAUGGUUGUCUAAGGAAGCAGCUCUUGGCUGGCUGUAUCUACGCGGGCAAGUCUGUCGCCGUGAGUAUGCACGUUUUGGCUUUUUGAAUGCGUGCUUCGGCCUCUUCGUUGGUGGCCUCCAUUGUUGCCUAGAAGAAAUGUGUAGGUUACGGCAUCUAUGUCGUUGAACCAUGGCGAUCAAGAUACGCC